CAUGGAGUCGGUCUGCGGGGUUGACUGUCCUUUCUCUGCUCGUGUCCAGGUCCAUGUCUUUUGACCGUUCAUCAUGGGCACACUGAGAUUGACCAUCCCCAGCCCUUCUCCCGCCCUGACAUUCGUGCGGAAUCGGCAGCGGAAAUUCCUCUAUGCGGGCUUAUCGUCCAUCCUUCUGCUGGUGUUAUGGGGGACACUCCUGAUCGUCUUUGAUGCUCCGUACGGUGGACUGGGCCAGGGGAUCGGCUCCGAUGGAGUGAGUCUAGAAGCAGUCCGAAACCAGACACUAGGGUUCGAGAAGAUCUUCUGCAUCAACCUCCCCAGCCGAACAGAUAAACGCGAUGCGAUCGUCCUAGGUUCGUCGAUCACGCAGUUUCACGUCGACUGGAUCGACGGGGUAUCCUCCGAGGAUAUGAGCCCUAAGGCUUACCCACCGCACCUCGACGACGCUGACAGACCUCGCAUGCUCCCCGGUGAAAUCGGCAGCUGGCGAGCCCACGUGAACGCCCUGCAACGCAUCGUCUCCGAGCGCAUCUCCACCGCCCUAAUCCUCGAAGACGACGUCGACUGGGACGUAACCCUCAAAACCCAACUGCACGACUUCGCCCAAGGCGCCCUCGCCCUCCAACCCAACCAACCCCACGCCUCCCCCUACGGCCCCUCCUGGGACCUCCUCUGGCUCGGCCACUGCGGAAUGAAAUGCGAACGCAACUCCCCUUUCUACAUCAUCAAAAACGACCCCACAUCCGUCCCCGCCUACGCCCUCCCCCAAUACUGGGCCGGACCCGCCAUCCACCCCCUCGUCGACAACAUCAAACACAACCGCCUCAUCUGCAAAUCGACCCUCGCAGUCUGUUCCACCGCCUACGCAGUCACCCUUCCUGCGGCACAGAAAAUCCUCGCUGCGGUAUCCGUCGCCCCGACGGAGGAAAGCAUGCCGGCUGGAGAGAGUAUCGUGUAUGAUGUGAUGUUGGGACGGUUAUGCGAGACGGGGUAUUUGCGAUGUAUUUCGACGUAUCCGUCUGUGAUGGGGAAUUGGAAAGGGGCGGGGUUGCCGUCCAAGGGGUCGGAUAUUCAGUAUCGGUAUGAUGGGCCGAGGGAGGAGAGGGUGUUUGAGGGGGCGAGUUUUUGGGGGGUUGUGUAUAGUGUGAUGGAUAAUUUGGGGGGGUUGGUAAGCGGGGAGAGGGUGGUGAGGGCGUCGGUGAGGGAUGUUAUGCUGCCAGUGUUGGAUUUGGGGAGGGUGAAGGGGAACAGGGGGAAGUUGCAUGUGUUGGAUUAUGAGGAGAUGGUGUUGAGUGGUGUGUAGUGGGUGGUCUGUAGUUGGGUGGGGUUGGAGGUAUAUGAAUUUCAGGUAGGGAAAAGAGGUGGGAUAAUGUAGAAGGGAAUCAAUUUGUGUGGGUGUGCCUGGGAUAUAUGCCGUUGCUGGUAUCUAUGUGAUUAGUCUGGUCUGACAUAUAUCGCGCCGGGGAAGUAUUAGUAUUCGCUCAAGGUAUAUCUAUUCCAAUCGGGUUGUCCUGG